GAAGAAACUUCGGACUGUCAGGGGCGAGAGGUCGAUAGUGUAGUUGGGCCUUAUAACACUGAUCACAUUACUCGUGGGUCGAUAAUAAUAAUUAAUAACCGUCAGAGAUUCGACGUCGGCAGUCAACAAUAAUAAUACACUUUCAUCACAGCUGUACUAAAACAACACCAUCGCAAUAUGGUCCGCUUAUCCUCAAAAACCGUGCUCGUCGUAGUGACAGUAGCCUUUCUGGCGUGUUCGGCUCAAGGUCACCCAGCGCCACAGGACGGAGCCCAAGUCGACGAUGUGACUACAUUGUCACCACCGCCCAAAGGUAUUAAGGGAUGGAUAGCAAAUUUGAAAACCAAAAUCCACGAGCACGGCAAAAACUGCGGUCAUUCUGGAGGCGUUGUUGGAUGGGUGAAAAACAAGUUAGGUUUCAAAGCCACGACAACUAUCUCACCGUCUGUCGGCCAAGGGAAUCAACCGGAAACGUACGACACAUCAAAUCCGAUCAUCCAACCGGAAGGAAACAUCCAACAACCGGACGUAAACGUUCAACCUGACUUAGGCUACCAACCCGACAUCGUGAAUCAACCAGAAAUAAGCUACCCACCCGAUGUGAACAACCCGGCUCAGGGUGAGAACGACGGCAGUGUGCCAGAUAUGGUCAACGGCGGUCUUGCUCCAACCACAGCCGAUGACUUCGACUUAACGAGACCUGUACAGGAAAACAACCAGUACGAUUAUGCACAACAAGAAAACACUGCUUCCUCGACGUUUCCUGACGCUGAAGCCACGGGAGAAGGAGUAAUUGACCAGAGGACCAAGUUUUCACGAUGAUAGAUUAAACUGUUUAAUUUUUUUUUUUUUUUACUAAGCAAUAAGAACCCAAAGUUCCAUGAUUUUCUUACGUUUAUAUAAAGAUAUCACAUUUUUUUUUUCUUUUUUUGUUAUUAAUUAGUUAAUAAACAAUACUAUCGACGAUUUUAUUUGCAUUUCAAUAUUAUUAUUAUUAUUAUUAACGCGCAAAUACUAUUUCUUAAACGGAAUAUUAUCAAUUAAGUAUUUGUAUUUUUAAUAUAAAGAACAUUGUACCCGUGUGAUAUGAUAUCAUUUUUAAAUAUUGUUCACCCAAUGCUGACAUUUAGACCCGAAGCAUCUGUUUCUCGAUAAACAUAUGUAGUAUAACAUAUUAUACUAUAACAUAGUCUAACAAUAAAACAUUCAAUUUAAUUAACAAAAAGAUAUAGGUAGUAAUGCAAUAGUAUUGAAGUGCUAUAAGAUCGAGGUAUUUAAAAAACACACAUACAUUUUUAAA